AUGGCUGCCUACAUGGACAGAGACACGGGGCAUGAGGGAAUUUCUACCAGUACUUUCUAUGGUACAAGAAAGAGAGAGGUGGCAUCUGUUGUGUUGCCACCUGAUGGUUCAUCUGAUUCAGAUGAAGAUGAGGGAACCAGUGAAGAUGAGGAAGAUGAAUUGUAUACAGAGGGCCAGUGUCAGGACAGCAGCAGCAGCAGCAGUGACGAUGAGGCAGAAGAGGGAGCAAACCACAGUAAAAGAGGGAGGAUGUUCAGGUGGAGAAAAACUAAAUUUGAGCACCAGUCUACUGCUACACCAAGUUGCUUCACUACACCAGAUGAGCUAUCCACGCCAUUAACAUACUUCUCCAAAUUCUUUGAUGAGGACAUCUUUGGGACCAUUGCUCACCAGACGAACUUGUAUUCAUGUCAGCUCAUUGGAAGUAGCAUCAACACUGAUGCUUCUGAAAUCAAAGCAUUCAUUGGAAUGAAGUUGAUGAUGGGUGUAGUGAAAAUGCCUGCAGUGGAAAACUACUGGGCAACAGAUACUAGAUAUGACAAAGUAGCAGAUGUCAUGCCACUCAAGAGAAGUUUGGGUACCAUUCGAAAGAACCGCUUGAUGGGUUGCACAUUGGAAGAAGAUCGAGACCUCCUACGAAGAGGAAGAGGCAGCUUUGACUUUCGUGUAGACAACGAUGCAAAGCUUGCUGUGGUCAAAUGGGCAGACAACAAAACUGUCACCUUGGUGAGCUCCUGUGCUUCUGUCAGCCCAGUUGGCCAAGUGAGACGCUACUCCAAAGAGGAAAAGAAGAAGAUAAGCGUGCCAUGCCCAAAGAUUGUAUCUGAGUACAACACUCACAUGGGAGGAGUAGAUUUGGCUGAUAUGAUGAUUGCCCUCUAUCGCACUCCAGCCAAGUCACAUCGAUGGUACCUGGCCAUAUUUUGGCAGAUGGUUGACAUUGCUGUCAAUAAUGCCUGGCUUCUCCAUCGUCGUGAUGCAGCCCAACUGGGUCAGAAACAUCAUUGCCUGAAGGUCUUUAGGUUGGAUGUUGCCAAAGGACUCAUCUACCCUGAAAAGCAAAAAAGGGGUCGCCCCUCCAAAGGAAACGAAGACAACACACCACCAAGAGUAAUCAAACAGCCAAAAGUCCCCAGGCCUGUGGAUGAUAUGAUAUAUGACAGGAUUGACCACUUCCCUAUCGUGUCAGUGAAAGGCAGAUACAGGAUGUGCCAGGAUGGACAGACCUCCAUCGUGUGUCAGAAGUGCAAAGUGAGGCUUUGCAUUGUCACAGGCCAAAACCCUCGCAACUGUUUCCACAGCUUCCACUGCCAGUAA